AUAGAAUGAGAAGUAAAAAAGGGAAGUCGAAGUACAUAAGAAAUAUCAUUUAAUACAUUACACAUUAUAUAGAAGCAGAAAUAUUCACAUAAUACUUAUUAUAUUAAUAAUAAAUAUAAUAAUAAUUUUACUAUUAAAAAAAUAAAUAGAUAAGUGCACUUAUAUAAAUGAAAACGAGAUAAAGAAAACAUAUUAAUACAUAUUAUUAAAAAAAAACAAUUCUCAAGAAAUAAAAGAAAAAAUAUAAGUGAAUCUACUUCUAUAAAAAAAACAAUUAAAAGUAAUCAAAUAUGAUGCCACAAAAGGAAAGAGGGUAGAAUAUAUAAAAAAUGCAAUUAAAAAUAUGUAUCUUUCCGUUUGUAAGGUGGCAUUAAUAAAUUUAAAAAAAAGAUAAUAGUUUUUUUUCUGAAUAAAUGGGAGGAUGGGAAUAUGAAAUAGUAAUUAUUGAAGAUAAUAACUAUGGAAAUUGCUUCGAAAUAAUAUCAAAAGUAUAAAAAAAAACUAUAUUGUAUUUUGCUUUUUACAAUUUAAAAAAAAAAAUGAAAAAAACUAAAACGAAAAAAUAGAAACAAAGAAGUCAUAUAGAAGGAGAGAAGAUAAAGUGAAAAGAAAAUGAAAUACAUGAAAAUGAAAGAAUUCAAAUAAUAAAUGUAAUUGAUAUUUAAAAGAAAAAAAAGAGAAAAAAACCGGCUUGUGAUUUUCUUCGCCCUUUUCUUAUUUUUCAUCUUAUGAUUUAAUUCUCGCUUUUGUAUGUGGGAUGACUACGUCUGUUUCAUUCAUUUAAUCGAUGCCACAACAAUGUGCAAGUGCGCGAGAAUGAGAGAGAGAAUUUACAUAAUUUAGUAUUGAUAUUUUAUGUCGUGCGAGAGAGUGGGAAAAAUUUGAAUAACUAAAGAAAUUGCGCAAAUUAUCGAAAAAAUUGGCCAAUGAAAUCGCAAUCAAAUCGCAUUGGUUACUUCCGGAGGGGAAAUUCGUGUGUCGAACGUUCGUGUGUCGAUAAGUUUUCAAAGUGGACACGAUUUAGCAUUCGGCCAAAGUCACGAAUGCCAACGGCAACAUAACUAUGUCGUACUCUUUCGCGCGGUUUCUCGAUAUAAAAAGAGCGGGGAUAUUUUGGACUUGGCAGUUGCUCACGACUACACUUCAAGUUCCAAGGUAGUCUCUGGGUUACAAAUUUGCAAUUAUUUCCGUUAUCUAUUUAAUUUUUCUGUGAGUCAUCCGGAGAUUUUAAGUGAAAAUAUGGCUGCUCUUAUUGGAAAUAUUCCUGAAUUUUAUGGCAGUGAGCAGGAUUGGAAUGUCUAUUCGGAGAGAUUGGAACAGUUCUUCCUGGUAAAUGACAUUCCGGAUGAGAAGAGAAGUGCUCUGCUCAUCAGUGUCAUUGGGAAUGAGACAUACAAAACCCUGAGGGAUCUCUGUCAUCCAACUCUACCAAAAGACAAACCCUUCGAGGAGCUCUGUGAUCUCCUGAAGAAGCAAUACGGUCCACAAAUCUCAGUCUUCAGGGAGAGGAAUAAAUUCUACCAGGCUAAGCAGUUUGACUACGAAGGGGUUUCAGCCUGGUAUGCUCGUAUUAAAACCCUAUCAGUUGACUGCAAGUUCGGUGAUAAUCUGGAAUCCAUCUUGUUGGAUCGCUUCAUCAGUGGCAUCCGAAAUCCCUUAAUCCUCGAUCGUCUCUGUGAGGAAGAUGAGACCUUGCCCCUGCCCAAGGCGGUCGAAAUCGCUGUUAACAAAGAAAGCUCCGUGAUGGACGGUCCAUCCUACGGGCGCUACAACAGUUGGAACAGAAACAAUACGUGGCAGCAGAAUCGCCGUGGAAAUCGCGGCAGACGUGGAAAUCGUGGUAACUACCAUUCAAACAGGAACUUUGGCUGUGAUACAAAUGAAAAUGCUGGCGCCGGUUCAGUAAACGGCGACAACUAAACUUUAAGAUAGCUUUAAAAAAAAAAGAACACAAAAGUAUAUGUAACAAAGAACAAAAUCAACAAAAUAAAGAUUUAUAUAAGUCA